GAAUAAAUAAUUAUUCUAAUACACAUUACCAAAAAUUUGAAUCACACUACAAAAAAUUUGAUUCUUCUAUUUUUUAAGAAAUUAUCAGAUAGACGUGUCUGAGUUAAAUCCAAGACAAGUCUACGUCCCAUUCGAAAUAUUUAGUUUUGUAACGCAUCAUAAAUAAAAUAAUGGAAAGAAUGGAAAACAUAGCUGAAUAUCUUAAGGUCCUGUUCUUCCACGCGUUCAACACAAUCACAAUUGAUCGGUUGUGUUUAACGGUUGUGGUGGCGGUUGUGUGGAUUUUGCUUCUAUUCCCUAAAUUACGCCGUUUUUUCCUGCGCAACCUGUUCAGGAUCUUAAGGACGAUUUCAGUAAGCUUAACCAUCAAACGCCAUGGCCAUAAGUUGUCGCCGGCAUCCGAAAGUAGACUGUCGAUUGUAAGAAAGAAGACUUUGGUUCUGGACAUGGACGAAACUUUGAUGACAGCGAUUGUAAAGGGAGGCCAUAGACUUGACAAUGAAAUGAAUGUCCCAUUCGAUUACCGCUUUACCAUGUUCGACUCAGCUUACACAGUUUUCGUGUACAAGCGGCCACAUUUGGACUACUUCUUGGAUACGGUAUCCCAAUGGUACAACCUUGUGGUGUACACCACUUCAACGAAGCUCUAUGCUGAUCCCAUAUUAACCUUUUUGGACAAUGGACGAGGAAUUUUAAGGAAGCGCUUGUAUCGCCACAACUGUAGCCAUAUUCAUGGGGUCAGGAUUAAGCCCGUAAGCCGUGCUUGUGCCGACUUAUCCAGUGUUUUUAUUUUGGACAAUUCAUUAAUUGAGUGCACAUACAACAAGGGCAACGCUAUAAAGAUCAACAGCUAUGUGAUUGGCAGUCUUAUGGAUAAUAAUCUUCUGUACCUGCUGCCCUUCCUCGAUUGUCUGCGUUUCGUUGAAGAUGUCCGUUCCAUCUUGAAACCAAUGAAUACCAAUAGUUCAGAAGAUGUCAAAAACGAGUCUGUUAGUCAACUAUUAAUAUCCUAAUAUACAAUUCUGAUUACCCAUGAAAAGAUUUACAAAAUUUUGCAAACUAAGUUGCUCUCAAAAAGCCAGGCGAACUCUUUUAACAUCUUCGACUUAGUCAUGGUAAGGUAUUGGCAAGGGGCGGACCGCUUAGCUUAGUCAUAGUCAAAGCCAACCAUGUGAAUCACUGAGCAAAUGACUCGGGCCAAGGUUGCGGCGAUAACAGGGCACAGCUCAUAUUAAUCAGAGGCUAGUACAAUAUGCUCCACUUUAUCGGCAAGAGGCCACAGAAACAGCGGGCAACUGCGACAGUGAAAAAUGAGCGAAUGUCACAAGGAUCAUAGGGAAGAUCUGAGUAGACUCUAGAGCCCUUUAGUUUCAUCUCCAUUUCGAUCGCAGUAGAAACCGAACCGAAACCGGUUGGGAAAAAACACUAAGCAAUCCAAAAAGCGAAUAAUACGACUAGAAAAUACCUAGUAAAUAUAUAUUUUAUACUUUA